AUGGUCAACUCCAGCACCGCGGCGGCCAAGACGUAUCGCUCCUACCUGCCCCCGAGCCAGCGCACCUACAGCUGCGUCCAUUGCAGAGCGCACUUGGCCAUCCAUGACCAGCUCAUCUCCAAGUCCUUUCAAGGGAGUCAAGGUCGAGCCUAUCUCUUCAACUCAGUGGUGAACAUUGGGUGUGGACCAGCGGAGGAACGGGUGCUCCUGACAGGGCUUCACGCCGUGGCUGAUAUCUACUGCGAGAACUGCAAAACGACCCUGGGCUGGAAGUAUGAACAUGCGUUUGAAAGCAGUCAGAAGUAUAAGGAGGGCAAAUAUAUCAUUGAACUGGCCCACAUGGUGAAGGAUAAUGGCUGGGACUGA